AUGAGUGAUAAAAAUGAUGAUCUAUCCGGUAAAUCAGUAAAAACAAUUUCAAAAUCAAGUGAUACACGAUCAACAGUUGAGCCAUCGUUUGAUAAAGUUCAAAAAACAACAUCACAAGACAGUUCAAAAUCAAAUGUCAUAAUUGAUAAUUCUCAAUAUUUACCAUCAACAUCAAGUAAAAUAUCCGUUGGUGAAAUUUUAUUAACUAAUAAAAAUGAAGAUCAACAUCGUCAUGCAAUAUUACCUUCUUCAUUAUCUAAGACUGAUCAUAUUACUGAAAAUUUAACAACAACAAAUAAAGAACAAUCAAAAUCAAACUUAGGUGAACCAACACGUGACUCAACACAUGUACUACAUAUUGAUAAUGAUAAUAAAAAAACAACAAAACUUUUAAAUCCUGAUGCACCAGAUUUUAAACCAACUCAUUUUACAACAACAUAUCGUUCAGAAUUAGCACCUACGCAUUUAGAACGACAUGCAACAUAUGCAGAUCCUCAUAAGAAUCGUCAUUCACGUAUACGUUAUUAUUCAGAUACAUAUCGUUAUCCUGAAUCUUUAACAACUUCAACAAAUACAUCAACUAUAAAACCAUUAUUAUCAAUUAUACCACAAUAUAUUCCACGACAUCAACAAUCAUUUACUGCAGUAACACCAUUAUCAUCAUCAACAAAUGCAUGGUGGCCACAAGAAUAUAGUCAUAUGUUAUGUUCAGCAUCAUCAUAUUGUCCAAAACCAGCUUAUCAACUUUAUACACCUUUAAUACAAAAACAACAACAACAAAACUUAACUGAUGAAAAUCAAAAUUUACAUCAUCUGCAAAAACAUAAACAUCCAUCAAAACGAAUACGUACUUAUUCAGGUCGACCUUUUGGUCAACUAAAUCAAACAGAAACUGGUCGAAUACGUUCAUAUUCAGGUCCUGAAACAUCUUUGCAAUCAUCAUCUGCACAUCUUGAUGGUAUUCAUUCUUUAACAAGAAUUAUGGUUGAUAUAUUACGAGGAAUUAAUAAAACAUCACAAGAACAAAAACAUAUACAUGAUACAAUAUCAUCUUUAGAUUUAAAUUCAUAUUCAUUAGUGAAAAAUAAAUAUCAACAACCUUCAUAUCAUUACAUUAGACAACCUUUACAAAAAGAAAAACAACAUCAGAAAUCUAGUGAAGCAAAAAAUGACCUUGUAGAUGAAAAUAUCUCUACAAAAGCUCCACCGUUAUUGCCAUUAUCGGUCGAUAAAGCAGCAGCUGUGCCUGAUAAGACUGAAACCUUAUCGACAAAUCUUAAUAAUACUCAACAAAAACAAAUAUGCCCGUUGAUUUUGCAUGAUACCAAGGAAAAAAAUGCAAUAGAUACCGAUUCAACAUUUUCUACGAGUAAUAAACAACUUUAUGAUACUACUAAAGAAGAAGAGUCAAUAAAAUCAAUGUCUAAUACUGUUUCAGGUACGCAUGCCGUUCGAGCAGUUAAUUGA